UUGGUCUGACGUCACACCCGGAAGCAGCCCUGCAGCGGAGCGGGCAGCAAUGAGUGGGGAGCCAGGACAGGUGUCCGUAGUGCCCCCUCCCGGGGAGGUGGAAGCAGGCAGUGGAGUCCACAUCGUGGUGGAGUACUGUGAACCCUGCGGCUUUGAGGCGACCUACCUGGAGCUGGCGAGCGCCGUGAAGGAGGAAUAUCCGGGCAUCGAGAUUGAGUCGCGACUCGGCGGAACAGGGGCCUUUGAGAUUGAGAUCAAUGGACAGCUGGUGUUCUCCAAGCUGGAGAAUGGGGGUUUUCCUUAUGAGAAAGAUCUCAUCGAGGCCAUCCGAAGAGCCAGCAACGGAGAGCCUUUAGAAAAAAUCACCAAUAGCCGGCCUCCCUGUGUCAUCCUGUGACAACACGCGAUUCUCGGAAGCUUGGUUCUGGGGCUCAAACCUGUUUCCUCGGGGCUCCACUAGGAACUUCCUCUGCCUUUUGCCCCUCACUUAGCUCCACGUAGCUAACACCCUGACCUCCACUUAGCCCCUUUGGGCACAAGGAGGGACUAGACAUUUCUAUGGUGUUGGAGGCAGAAAAGAGAUGUUCUCUGUGGACAUUUCCACGACCAUCUCAUACCCCUCUCCCGAGAUCGGUGCCCUCUGCAGCUCGGUCCUCUCCCCAGCUUGGCAGUUCCUGUCACAUGCCACAGUUGCUGUAACUUAUUUUCCCCGAGUCCUGGGCAGUGUCAGCUAUUGGCAAUAAAGAGCAAUUAGCGCUACAAACA